GAAACCAGUGUCCCUGAGUGAAGGAGGAAUUACACGUGAAGACACAGACAGGUCGACAUCCAACACACAGUCAUCAUGCUGAUCCUCCUCGCUGGCAUCUUUGGUGUUCACAUCAUUGCCAUCAUCCUCCUCCUGGUGGCUACUAUCGACAAUGCCUGGUGGAUGACUGACACCAUGUCCACCGACGUGUGGGGCCGGUGGCUCCUGCAAAACGGCAAAUGGAACCUCACCGAUCUUCCCGAAGGAUCACACUACCCACAAGAUUACCUCCAGGCAGUGCAGGCCAGCUCCAUCCUCGCUUGCAUCUUCUCCAUCGUGGGCAUCUUCGUGUUCGUGGCUCAGCUCUUCACCCUGGACAAAGGGAAGAGGUUCACCAUCUCCGGCGUCUUCCAGUUCCUCGCCUGCCUGUGCAUCAUGAUCGCUGCCUCCAUCUACACAGACGUCUUCCACAAGGACGAGGCGGACGGCUGGUACGGCCACUGCUUCAUCCUGGCGUGGAUCUCCUUCGGGCUCACGCUCAUCUCCUCCAUCACCUACUUUGUGCUACGCAAGAAGACGGCGUGAGCAGGACACUGUAGCCCCCGCCCCCCGACCGGCCCACGCUCCUCUUGGCCGGAUCUACUCCUUCAGCUGAAAUCUGGGUUUAGUUAGAUUUUGCAGAUUUGAGCUGCUGGUGUAAAUCCAGCUGCAGAUAGGACAGACGUGUUGAUCCUCUCGAAUCCACACCGGUGUUUUACUGAGUCUGUUCCAGAUAAUCAGGAUUUUUUUCAAUUUGAGAGUUUGAGCCGGUUUCCCUUGUGGCCAUCUGAGGAUUAAGAAUAUUAUUUUUGUAGUUAACUGAACAAAAAAAGGCCUCGAUGUUUAUAAGAUGAUAAAUUAAGAUCUGACAUUGUGUCUGGCUUGCAACAAAAGCCAAGGAGUGAUAUCUGUGGUCUUUUUUUUUUAGUAAUGUACAUUUAUAGAUGGAUACGACUGCUGGAUAAGGACACACGAGCGGCUUUAUGAUUUUAGCAUUGUUUUUUGUUUUUCUUUCGAUAUUAUAUUGUUCGUACUGUUACCUGCUCUGUUCCGACUUUGUAUAACGUGCCACUAGUUAACAAACGACACAAUGCUGUUUGUUCCAUCUCCAUGUCACGUGCUGAUCUGUGUGUAUCCUCACCAUGAAACUAUGCAAUGACAUAAAGUGAAAAAACCCAAAAUGAUAUCUUCUAAUUAUUUGUAUCUAGGAAGAAAACAAACUGGUUUUAAUGUGAGAUGUCCACUUUGAUGACUCUCUGGUCCUUUCACACCAAUAAACUGAUGAGACGUGUCGACUUACACACGUGUACAUAUGAAACUCAACAUUUUACACAAAGAAAAUAACCAAAAAUGGAUGUAAAUCCAAACUUAUACCAGUAACAUAUCACUUUCAGACACUUUCAGCCAAACCAGCUCCUUUCGAUGCAGAAAGAAAACUGAUUAGACUCUUAACAGUUUGAGACACAAUGUGUAAAUAUGAUAUGUUUCCCACAAUGUUCCUCAUGUCAAAUGAUUUAUUUUGUUUCUGUGACUUUUACUUCUCACCGUGAAU